AUGAAAUGGAAUGAGUUAAGCUACACGCUGCAGUAUCACUGUCACUUCAAACCAUUACACUCUUGGCUGCUGAAGGGAAUAUACCAACCCAGCUGCUCGUGUCUCUAUAUAAUAAUGUCAUAUAACGGCAUCGGUUUAUCUAGUGCCAAGGGAAGCAGCACCUCCGGUUACGUUCAACAAUCGUUAGCAUUUACGAACAGGAAAAAGGACCCUAGAUUAACUACACAUGAUAAAGAACAACAGCAACAGCAACAGCAGCAACAAAUACAACCUGCUAAAGAUGAAAGCGUAAUAUCCCACAAAGCGAAAAGGCAGAUCGAAUUAUUAGUUUCUGAGUAUCGUGAUAAACUAGAGGAUGGACCGGAUGAUUUGUCUGAUGACACCAUAGACAGUAAAUGUGAAGACUAUCGCAGGUCUAUACUAGAAGGAAACGAGCAGUCAAGAAGUCAGAAUUGA